AAUUAUGCCACAAGCGCCCGAGGCUAUCUAAUUCUUAACUUGCACGCAAUCUUGGGGCUCGAACUUCAAACUGUUGCACCACAAAACCAGACCGAGUCCCGGAGCCUGAAGCGCACGCCUCUUCCAUUUUUCCUUCUUUCGAUAUCACGAAGUUGCUUUCUUGAAGAUGGUGUUGGUUUGUGAACAAUUCCAGCGCCUUGAAUUCGAAUGUUGUCAUAACUUCUUCGAUUGAUUGUAUUUUGGUACUCGGGUUUUGAGAGCCAAGGAAGCAAAACAGAGCAAAAAUUGCAGAAAAUGGCUCAGGGAUGGUUCUCAAAGAGCUCUUACAAUGAAGACCUCAGUAAACCGUCGCCUUCUUUGUCGGACCAGUGGAAUUCCUACACAUCGUCACAGAACUCGCAGGACAGCUCCGAUUUGGGUUUUGGUUUCGAUGUGGAAGCAGCGGUUAGGUCGGCUAACGACACUGUCGCUGGAACUUUCAAUGUGUUCUCUAAGGGUGUUAGCAAUAUACAUGGAAACUUUCAGUCUGCUACUAGUAAUGUUCCUUCUGGCAAGGCAAUCAUGUAUUUUGGUUUGUUUUUGGCGACCGGGAUCUUCUUUGUAUUCAUUGCAUUCACCAUGUUCCUUCCUGUUAUGGUGGUUAUGCCCCAAAAGUUUGCUAUAUGCUUUACUCUUGGCUGUGGACUUAUUAUUGGAUCAUUCUUUGCUCUCAAGGGUGCAAAGAAUCAGCUUGUCCACAUGUUAUCAAAAGAGAGGCUUCCUUUCACUUUGGGUUUCGUCGGCACCAUGUUCGGCACCAUAUAUGUAUCUAUGGUUCUUCACAGCUACAUUCUCUCUGUGAUAUUCUCUGUUUUACAGGUUCUAGCACUUGGAUAUUAUGCCUUAUCAUAUUUCCCUGGAGGAUCUGCUGGAAUAAAAUUCCUGUCUUCUGCUUUUACCUCUUCAAUUCUGAAAUGUUUUGGGAGAUGACAUUAUUUUGGUUAACAGGGAGUGAGUGGUUGUGAAUCUGCCUAUGAGAGGGAAUCUGCAAUUUCUCUUCAAGUAGAUGGCAAAACUUGAUCGUGCGACAGGGGGUAAGUAUCUUGGCUGAUCAAGUCAAAAUUGCUGCAGUAGGCGGACGUGAACUAGCUUUCCACUACUUGUAGAAUUGCUGCAAUAAAAUCAAGGCUUAGCUGGGAGCCGAGGUGUUCCCAUUUAGUUUUACUUUUUACCCUUGAUUAAAUCAAGAGAUCUGAAAUGAUGGUCAAAUAGUUUGUUUUUUGAACCAUGAACCUAGCUCAACUUGGCAAUUUUCUCAAUGAUGUUAGCGGAGCCUUUGUAAACAUUGAUUAGUCCCAGUGAGAGCGACUUUGUUCCUUCCU